AUGCGGAGUUUGUUGUGGCUCGCGGUCGUCGGCCUUGCCGUCGCCGAAGACGGUCUCGCUGCCUGGCUACGAUAUGCUCGCGUCCCGAGUGCCUCCCGCCAUCUCGGCAAACUGCCUUCUGCCGUCGUCACUCUCAACGCCACCAAGGGAUAUCCCGUCCAUACCGCUGGACAGGAGCUGGUGGACGGCAUCGGCGGUCUUUUUGGCAAGAAGUUGACUGUUGCAAAAUCAAAGCCCAAGGGUACCACUGCCACCGUUGGCACCGUCAGCGCAUACGUCGACAAGAACCCUUCUGCUGCCAAGGGUCUGCCCGACCUCGUCGAGGAUGGCUUCUACCUCAAGAUCUCCAAGGGCAACGUCCUGAUCCUCGGUCAAAACGAGCGCGGUGCCCUCUACGGUGCCUUCCACUAUCUCUCCGUCAUCGCCCAGGGCAAUGUGUCCGACUUUACCCUUACCUCCAACCCCGAUGCGCCAGUCCGAUGGGUGAACCAAUGGGACAACAUGCAAGAUGGUGGCACUCAUGGCAGCGUCGAGCGUGGUUAUGGCGGUGACUCCAUCUUCUUCUGGGACGGACACAUUCGCGAGGACCUCACCCGCGCCGGUCAGUACGCCCGGCUGUUGGCUUCCAUUGGUAUCAACGCCGUCGUAGCCAACAAUGUCAACGCCAAUGCUUCGAUCCUCACCCCCGAGAACAUGGACGGUCUCGCUCGCAUCGCCGACGUCUUCCGCCCCUACGGUGUCCAGCUUGGUCUCUCGCUCAACUUCGCCGCUCCUCAGCUUCUCGGUGGGCUUGAUACCUUCGACCCCCUUGACGAGACUGUCGUCAACUGGUGGCAGGGCAUCGCCGACAACCUCUACAAGCGCAUUCCCGACAUGGCGGGUUACCUCGUCAAGGCCAACUCGGAAGGCCAGCCCGGUCCCAUGACAUACAACCGCACCCUGGCUGAUGGCGCCAACCUGUUUGCGCGCACUCUCCAGCCCCACGGCGGUAUCAUCAUUUUCCGCGCUUUCGUCUACGAUCACCGCAGCUUGAACCAGACUUUGGACUGGAAGGCUGACCGCGCCAACGCGGCCGUCAACUACUUUGACGGUCUCGAUGACAAGUUUGAGGACAAUGUUGUCAUUCAGAUCAAGUACGGCCCUAUCGACUUCCAGGUCCGCGAGCCUGUUUCGCCUCUCUUCACCCACCUUCGCAGGACUGGUGCCACAGUUGAGCUUCAGAUUACCCAGGAGUAUCUUGGCCAACAAGCCCACGUCGUCUACCUCGCUCCCAUGUGGAAGGAACUCCUCGACUUUGAUCUCCGCGUCGACAGCAAGCCCUCGACCCUGAAGUCCAUCGUGUCUGGCAAGCGCUUCGGCCAGAAGCUCACCGGGUACGCCGGUGUCGUCAACGUCGGCACCAACACCACCUGGCUCGGCUCCCACCUGGCCAUGUCCAACCUCUACGCCUACGGCAAGCUCGCCUGGGACCCGGAGCAAACCUCCACCGGCAUCCUCAAGGAGUGGACCACCCUCACCUUCGGCCACGACAAGCUCGUCCACGACGUCAUCACCAAGAUCUCGAUGGAGUCCUGGCCCGCCUACGAGGAUUACUCCGGCAACCUCGGCAUCCAAACCCUAACCGACAUCCUCCUCGGCCACUACGGUCCCAACCCCGGCUCCCAAGACGGAAACCCCUGGGGUCAAUGGACUCGCGCCGACGAUGACACCAUCGGCAUGGACCGAACAGUAUGGAACGGCACCGGUUUCGCCGGCCAGUACCCCCCUGAAAUCGCGGCCAUGUACGAGAACAUUGAGACCACCCCCGACAACCUUCUGUUGUGGUUCCACCACGUCCCGUACACCCAAAAGCUCAAGUCGGGCAAGACAGUCAUUCAACACUUUUACGACGCCCACUACAAGGGCAGCGCCACGGCGCAGACAUUCGUCACCCUUUGGGAGAAGCUCAAGGGCCGGAUUGACAAAGAGCGCUACGAGCACGUUUUGUUCCGGCUCAUCUACCAGGCUGGCCAUUCGCUCGUCUGGCGUGACAGUGUGAACCAGUUUUACUUCAACAAGAGCGGUAUCCCUGAUGAACUCGGCCGUGUGGGCAACCACAAGUACAGGAUUGAAGCUGAGGAGAUGGAGCUCAAGGGGUAUAAGUCGUAUAGAGUCUCUCCCUUUGAGGCAGCAAGCGGGUAUCACUGUGUCGUUACCGAGACGAACAGCACUGUUGGCACUGCCACGACGAAGCUCAAGGUUCCGAGCGGGAAGUAUGACCUUGCGGUUAAUUACUAUGAUAUGGCGCUGGGGAAUUCGACCUGGGAGCUGUUUGUGGAUAGGAAAUUGGUGGGGAAGUGGAAGGGGGAUUUGGAGUAUGAGCUUGGACGGGCGCCGUCGCCAUAUAUUGAUGGACAGACGGCCGCGAGGAAGACGUUUAGGGGGGUGAGGGUUAAGAAGGGGAGUGAGCUCAAGGUUGUGGGGAGGCCGGAUGGGUUGGAGCCGGCGCCGAUUGAUUAUAUUUCGGUGUUGCCCGAGGGCACUGUGGAUUAA